AUGAGGUCGACGGCGACGGCGACGACUUCCGCGACGGUUCAAAAACAAAGUUCUUGGAAAACUGCGGUUCGGACGCGUUAUGCUCACCGACAAAGGAGGAGAACGACAAAGACGACGACGAGAGCCAAAGCUGCGAAGAACGACGAGGACGACGAGAAUGACAACAACAACACAAACGAGGAAUACAAUCUCGAUCGGCCUUUACUCGUCAUCGUCGAGUGCGACGGGGUGAUGAUUGACGUCCAAACCGACGGGCACAGGGUGGCCUUUAACGAAGCGUUUAAAAAAAUGUCCAUCAUGAGCGCGGAUUGGACGCCGGCAGAGUACGCGAGCUUGUUGCGUUCGGGCGGUGGGACCGCAGAGGGCAUGAUUGAGCGCUAUUUUCAUUUUUACGGGUACCCGCGCUCGGAUUUACGCGACGAGGUUGUCGCCGAGGAGAACGAUAUGGAGAGCGCGUACGAGGCGUACGUUAGGAAACAACAAGGCGCAGACGCGAAGAAGGAUACGUUUAUGGGGGGUCCACAAAAGGGAGCGAAUUUGAAUCCAGUCGUGCAACCGACGUCGGAUGCUUUGAGAAUGAGACGACGGGAGUUUAUAAAGGAAGUGGCCGAGACGAAGGACGAAACGUUUAGCGAAAUGUGUCGAGAAGGCCGAUUACCGCUUCGUCGAGGCGCUUUAGCGUUUAUGGACGAGUGUUUGACGCACUCGAAUCCGAACGUGAGAGUUUUGUUAGUUGGUGAAACGGCCUCGUCGCCAGGUGAAGGGGUUUUAUCCGCGUGCUUGACGCAAAUGGGCGAACUGCGCGCGGCGGGCGUGAGCGUCGCCGGGUCGCCGGAAACGCUCGCCGGGGAGGACAACUACGAGGACGCGUUGUAUAAACGCGUAGAGCGCGAUAAGAAGAAGAAAAAGGGAGAAUUAAUGGCACCUGAAGUCGGUGGAGACUUGCAAAGACAAAACUUUAGCAGCGACGUCGUCAUCGACUCGAGCAUGUUUUCGACUUCGCGAAGGUCGUCGCUGACGAAAGCCGCCAUCCGCACGGCGAGCGAGCAGAGAGGCUUCGACGUUGAUUUUGACGUCAUUUUCGUCGGCGCGAGUAACUCGACGUGUAAAGCUGCCACCGAAGCCGGCGCACAUUCCGUCGUCGUUCGAACGAGCGAGCAAAGAGGUGGCGAAUUCAAAGGCGCCGACGGCGUCGUCGACGGUUUCGGCUCCGGCGGCGGUUUAACCAUGCGCUCGCUCAAAGCGCGCAUGGACGCGAAACGGAAAAAGCUCUUGAUAGAAGAAUAA